AUGGUAAAGAAAACGCUGAGAAGGCUGGGAGGGCUGCUCAAGGCCAAAGGCGAUGACGCAGCUCCCCGCGGUCUUUCUCACGUCCGACAUCCGAGGGGGUCUUACAUCUGCCCGGCUGGUUGUCGAGGAAAACUCUGUAGAAGAGAAAACAUUAUCCCAGUAAAAUCAAUCCACGUAUACGAGAAAAUAUUCGAAAUGAGUGGUAGGAACCAGUUGAGGUACAUGUACCGCCAGAGCGACCAUAGAGAUUUCAUAGUUAUAAGAGGUUCGGGCGAUACGAGGGACGAGCAUUCGGCCAGCCUCGGGUUCUUAGACGUUUCAGGGCUAACAGUUCCGAAACUGGAACAAGUCGUUGAAGGCGAGGACAAGGACAGCAAAUGGUAA